AUGUACACCCACACAAGUACAAUACAAGAAAGUCGAGGUAGCGAAUCGGGCAAUGCAUCAGGCAGCGAAUCGGGCAGUGAAUCGGGUAAUGAACUGGAAUCUAAUGCCAAACCCAAGUCAAAUCUAUUUAAUGAAAUCAUUAAGCUCUUAAACCUAGCAAGGCCGGAGUCGAGGAUUCUUGGCUUUGCACUUGCAUGUCUUGCCGUGACAUCCAUAGCGUCAAUGUCUUUGCCCUUAGUGAUUGGAAGAAUUAUCGACCUUGCGAAAUUUCAAAACAAGGAGGAAGAAGAAGGGGAGGAAGAAAAAGACGAGAAUGAAGAUUCUCAAGUACAGGAUAAAGUAAAGAAUUUACUCUUUGGUCUUACCAAGCCCCAGUUCUACACAUCAAUUACGGUAUUGUUUCUUGUGGGAGGUGUGGCAAACUUUGGUCGUGUUUAUUUGUUGCGAAACGUGGCAGAGAAGUUAAUAGCAAGAUUAAGAUCAAGAUUAUUCGCCAAGAUCCUUGCUCAGGAUGCAUAUUUCUUUGAUAUUGGUCCUACAGGAACAGGAAUGAAAACCGGUGAUUUAAUCUCACGAAUAGCUAAUGAUACCCAAAUUAUAUCAAAGACAUUGAGCGGUAACAUAAGUGAUGGUAUGCGAAGUAUCAUCAAUGGUGCUGUUGGAUUUGGUAUGAUGUGUUUUGUUUCUUGGAAACUUACUUUAUGCAUGAGUAUGAUGUUUCCGCCAUUAAUUGUCAUGUCAUUUUUUUAUGGUAGAAAAAUUAAGGCAUUGUCGAGAUUGAUUCAGGAGAAUAUUGGUGAGCUAACUAAGGUCACUGAGGAAAGAUUGAAUGGUGUCAAGGUUAUUCAAUCCUUUGCUCAACAACAAGCAAUAGUGCACUUGUAUAGCAACGAGAUUAAGCAGAUAUAUGAUAGUUCCAUGCGUGAAGGUAAACUAUCAGGGCUUUAUUAUUCAGUGAAUGGUAUACUUGGCAAUAUUACCAUCAUUGGAUUAUUAAUAAUAGGCACUAAACUUAUAGGAAUGGGCGAGUUGUCUAUUGGUGACUUGUCGAGUUUCAUGAUGUAUGCUAUAUACACGGGAAGCUCGGUAUUUGGAUUAAGCAACUUCUAUACAGAGUUGAUGAAAGGUAUUGGUGCCGCUGAGAGGAUCUUUGAGUUGGUUGAGUACAAGCCAAAUAUCCACAACAAUAAAGGUGAAAACCAUAAGCUUGGCGGUGACAUUACCUUUAAAAACAUCAAGUUCUCGUAUCCUUCAAGACCAGAUACUAUAUUUGAGAACUUCAAUCUUUGCAUCAAAGAAGGGGAAAACGUAUGUAUUGUGGGUCCAUCUGGUAGUGGCAAAUCCACUGUAAGCGAGUUGCUUUUGAGAUUCUACGAUCCAGAGUCCGGUGCAAUCACGUUUGGCACUAAAGACAAGGAGACGCACAUCAAAGAUUUGAAUUUGAACCAUUACCGUGAUCAAAUUGGGUUUGUUCAGCAGGAACCGCUUCUUUUUAGUGGCACUAUUAGAGAGAAUGUUAUUUUUGGUAAAGCAGAUGCCACAGAAGAAGAAAUACAAGAGGCUUUGCGUCUUAGUCAUGCUGACUCAUUUAUACGCCACUUGCCUGAAGGAUUGGAAACUAGAAUUGGAGCAGCCAACAAGACGCAACUAAGCGGAGGACAAAAGCAAAGGCUUUCUUUGGCAAGAACAUUGAUCAAGAAGCCGCAAGUUUUAAUAUUGGACGAGGCGACUUCGGCAUUGGAUUCAUCCAGUGAAGAAGAGGUAUUGAAGAGUUUAUUGCGUUUGAACAGAGAACAUGGUAUCACCAUCAUCUCCAUUGCGCACAGAUUGACUACGAUUAAGAAUAGUGAUAGAGUGAUUGUUUUGGACCAAAAUGGAAACAUCGUUGAGGAUGGACGGUUUGUGGACUUGAACAACGAUCCAAAAAGUCAGUUUAACAAGUUGUUGAAGAAAAAUGAGCUUGAAUAG